AUGGUACUCCGUCCUCACCACUUCUCAGCCGUCUCGAAGCGGAUCAUCACUCCUGCAUUCACACGCCCUCUCUCGACUUCCCCUCGAUUUUUCAAAAUGGCUGACCACAAAAACGAAAACAACAAGCGCAGCCGCGGCGACGAGCCUCACCAGUACCAGGCCAGCUCCCGGACCGACCGCGAGCAGGACCAGUGGAAGUUCCGCGCCCCGUACACGAUCCACGACAAGGGCGAGAACUUUGACGUCAAGUGGAAGGGCAAGUGCCACUGCGGUGCGGUGCAGUAUGAGCUGUCGAGGGAGAAGCCGCUGGCGAGCAAGUACUGCCAUUGCACUACCUGUCAGAGGAUGCACGGGGCACCCUUUCAAUGGGCAGCGAUUUUCCACAAGGAAGAUAUCAACUUUACCAAUGGGCAUCACGAUCUGGGGUGGUACGACCCUACCGCCAAGUCGACUACUCACCAUCUCCCGUGCAAAGUGCAGUGUGCCUACUGCCGGACGCCGAUCAUGGACGAGGGGAGGAAUAUGAUUUUGUUGUUCCCUACGCUGAUUGAGGGGAUCAACACCAAGAAGGGGAGGGAGGCGUUUGCGGCGCAGUGUCACAUGUUUUAUCCGCAGAGGGUGGUGGAUAUCAAGGAUGGGUUGCCAAAGUUUAGCAGGCUGGCGGACGAGAGCGACCUAUGUGAUGAGGAGACUGGGGAGGUGAUGGAGGGGACUAACCCGAAGAAAGAUAAGGAGAAAGAGAAGAAGAAGGAGUAG